AUGUUUUGUGAAAAUCGUUUCGGUACCCUGUACCUUGAAAACUUCAGUCACUCCGCAACAGAGUACUGCACUGCAGACUCGCCAUCCAACAUAACAUGCCUCCACAGUGAAACCGUCAACGGACGUGUCGAUUCAUUAUGCAUCGCCCGUAACGCCAUUUUUGAUCCCGUCACAGCCAAAUUCCGCCUAGGUUGCACACUCGGCAUGCUCCCUGAUUCACAACUACCCUUCCUUGUCCCCGAAUAUGGCACAUUCCAAAAAUACAUGUUCGACACCGGCCCACGCGUCAUUAUGGAUAACUGGAUAGAGCUUGACGACACUGUCAGGCCAAAAGAAUCCGAAACACCUAAAUAUACGAUAUUGGUCAAGCGAGAGGGAUCGUUCAACUUAUGGCAUUCCUUGCUGGAGAUAUUCUCUACGUCCCUUACAUUGAACGCACUCCAAAUGAGCCAAUCUUCCGACUCGCGAGCAUUCUUUACGAACCCCGAUACGUUAAAUACUCAACUCGUUCUACUGGACGAGCACGCAGACGGCCCAUUCUUCGAUUUGUGGUCUAUCUUCACAAAACGGCCAAUAAUACGCCUCAAAGACUUGCCUCCAAAUGCGAGCUUUGAGAACAUCAUCCUCCCGCUCGCGGGUGGGAGCAAUCCUCUUUGGCAGAGUGAUCUGCCCCCGGCAGGUGCUUCAUGCAAUAACUCGGCACUUCUACGCACAUUCUCACGCCGAGUCAUGAAUCACUACGAAUUUCCAGUCCAGCAGCCGCGCCAGGGGAGUGAUAUAACAGUGACUUUCAUCGAUCGCAUGGAGACCCGCGUCCUACUCAACCACACUGAAUACCUCGAAGAUGUCAAGUCUUCUUUUCCGAACAUUAUAAUCCAGGAAGUUGAUUUUGCAACAAUUCCGUUCAAGGAACAAUUGGAUGUUCUGCAACAGACUGAUAUUCUGGUCGGGGUCCACGGGGCUGGUUUGACACAUGCGAUGUUUCUACCUCCGCGGUCGACUGUUGUUGAGAUUCUUCCCGCGCAGGUCGCGAUCAGGGCUUUUGAAAACCUAGCAUCUCUGUUGGAUCAUUCAUAUUUUAGUGUUCGCUCUUCCAAAAAAUCGGAUACCUCCCCCGGGGUGGAUUGGCAUCAAGAGCAAGUCUCUUUGGAUAGAGAGAAGUUUACGGAUAUUUUGAAUAUUGCCUUGCAGAAAAAGAGCGCUGUCAAGGGCGGCAUGGACCCUUCCCUUGCCGGCAAGCUCUACUAUCAGACUGUCGAUCGAGAUUAG